AUGACUUACAAACUUAAUUCGGAUGUUCAAUUACUCUACGGUAGAGUUUCACCGCUUCCGACAGCACCCAAAACUUCAGAAGAAACGCUCAAAAUGAUUGAAGAAACGCAUCUCUCAUCAACCAAAAACUACGCUGCCAACAAAACCUCGCCGGUCGUUUGGAUGGCAUCUCAUUGUGGUACUCACAGUUUGCGAGAAACUUACGUGCGUCAGCUUGGAAAAUUCAUCCCUGUCGAUGUUUAUGGCGGAUGCGGUAAUUUGAGUUGCUCUCGAAAUCACUCACACUGGCUAUCUUUCCCGCAGUGCUACAACGUAUUGGAGGAGAAAUACAAAUUCUAUUUGUCGUUCGAAAAUUCAAUCUGCACCGAUUACGCCACGGAAAAAUUCUUUGAGAUUCUGAAGCACAAUAUGAUUCCGGUCGUCUACGGAGGAGCCAACUAUAGCCAGAUCGCACCACCCCAUUCUUACAUUAAUGCACUGGAUUUUACUCCGGAGAAAUUGGCCGUGUACCUGAAACUUGUUGAUUCCAACGACACGCUCUACAAUGAGUAUUUCUGGUGGAAGGAUCACUAUGAGGUAGAAGCUGGAGUGGAACAAAUGGCCAGCCACGGUUUCUGCGACUUGUGCAAGAAACUUCACCAAGAUCAAGGUUCAUCCUUAACGUUGAAGGAACACGGACGUCAAUCCGACGAUGCAUGUUCAUCAACAGUGAAAAUUUACUUCUGCUUUUCCGAUCGACAGUUUAGUCAGGAUAACGAUCAAAGUUCAAAGAAAAACGAAGCCUUAAUUGAAGUUAUUCAAGUUGGUCAUCGACUUUUGAACUUGUACUUUAUGAAGAUGUUGCUAACAUUUAUAAUCGCUAUCGUAGUUCUCGAGGUAGUUCUUACGAUGGUCCCAUUUGAAAAAUACGUCACAGGUUCAAAUCUACAACAGAUUAACUUGUCGUCUGACAAACCAAUUUUCGAUAAGUUUUCGAGAGUAAAAAAUCGUGGAAACAAAACUAUUUUGAUAUGGAACAGUGCACAUCGGAUCGAAACGGCCGCAUUUGGAUUUGGUUACCAGCCCUUUAUUCAACAUGGAUGCGAAGUUUCUGACUGCGUCGUUUUCGACUAUGCAACAACACCAGAAUUAUUGCCUCUUGAAGAUUACGAUGCAAUCAUUAUUCACAUGCAUGAGCUCUGGUUAACACAACUACCAGAAUUUAAGAGACAAGCGCAUCAGCGCUUAAUUUUUUUUACACAGGAAUCGCCUACCACCAUGCCAAUCGACAUAACUGAGUUUGGUAAUUACUUCAACUGGACAAUGAGUUACAGACUUAAUUCGGAUGUUCAAUUACUCUACGGUAGAGUUUCACCGCGUCCAACAGCACCCACAACUGCAGACGAAACACGAAAAAUGAUUGAGGAAACGCAUCUUUCAUCAACCAAAAACUACGCUGCCAACAAAACCCAGCCAGUCGGUUGGAUGGUGUCUCAUUGCGAUACUAACAGUUUGCGAGAGACUUACGUUCGUCAGCUUAGUAAAUUCAUCCCUGUCGAUGUUUAUGGCGAAUGCGGUAAUUUGAGUUGUCCCAGGAAUAAUGACCAUUGGUUGUCUUAUCCGGAAUGUUACACCAUGCUGGAGGAGAAAUACAAAUUCUAUUUGUCAUUCGAAAAUUCAAUCUGCACCGAUUACGCCACGGAAAAAUUCUUUGAAAUAUUGAAGCACAAGAUCGUGCCGGUCGUCUACGGAGGGGCCAACUAUAGCCAGAUCGCGCCACACCAUUCCUACAUUGACGCACUGGACUUUACUCCGGAGAAACUGGCCGAGUACCUGAAACUUGUUGAUUCCAACGACACACUCUACAAUGAGUAUUUCUGGUGGAAGGAUCACUAUGAGGUAGAGGCUGGAGUGGAUCAAAUGGCCAGCCACGGUUUCUGCGACUUGUGCAAGAAACUUCAUCAAGAUCAAGGAGUAAAGAAAUUCUACCCUGAGUUAGUAUCAGAAUGGGAUCCGAAUAAUAAGUCUCAUGAAAUUUAA